AUGGUCACCAGGCGAAAAACAAAUCUCAUCCAUAAGUGCUCAUUCAAUGGAAAACCAUGCGAUAUCGACAGAGACUUCGCCAUUAUUUCCGAUCCAACAUUUGGCAACUGUUUCACCUUCAAUCAUAAUCGCUCAGACAUCAAAAGCAGUCUGCGCGCAGGACCGAUGCAUGGUUUGCGUGUGAUGCUGUUCGUGAACGCAUCCGACUACCUGCCAACUUCUGAAGCCGUUGGUGUUCGUCUCACCAUCCACGAUAAGGACGAGUUUCCCUUUCCAGACACGUUCGGCUACAGUGCACCCACCGGCUACAUCUCAUCUUUCGGAAUGCGAAUGAAAAAAAUGUCCCGUCUCCCAGCGCCGUACGGGGACUGUAUUGCGGACGGUGCGACAUCGAAUUACAUCUACAAAGGCUAUGCCUAUUCCACAGAGGGCUGUUAUCGUACGUGCUUCCAACAGCUGAUUAUCGAUCGAUGCGGUUGCGGCGAUCCGCGUUUUCCGUCUAUCGGCGACCAUAAACUCUGUGAGGUGUUCAACAAAGAGCACACAACCAUGCAACCAAACGAUAUACACCAUGUCGUAUUCGGAAGCGAUAUGGCCAAGUCAGUCGCUAAACAUAACGCUUGGAACGUGCGAAGAAGAGCCGGAAGUGUGCAACGAACAGUACCACCGUCCAUUCGAUGUGGUAAAAAGCGUGUUUCCAGGGAAAACGCCGCUAUGUUGGAGGUGUUUUAUGAGGCACUCAACUUCGAAACCCUCACUGAAUCCGAAGCUUACGGGGUCGUGAAAAUGCUGGCCGAUUUUGGAGGACAACUUGGUCUGUGGUCAGGUGUCUCCUUCAUGACAAUCUGCGAAUUUGUCUGCCUUUUCUGUGAACUGCUCUACAUGAUGAUCUCACAUCAUUACAACAAAUACAAGCUGAAAAAACGCGAAAAGGGACGAUUUCUAAGCGAGCGGACACGUACAUUUAUUGAGUGA